AUGGCUAUCUCCAAGAUUCACGCCCGCUCCGUCUACGACUCCCGUGGUAACCCCACUGUCGAAGUUGACAUCGUCACCGAGACUGGCCUCCACCGUGCCAUCGUUCCCUCCGGUGCUUCCACUGGAAGCCACGAGGCUUGCGAGCUGAGGGAUGGAGACAAGUCCAAGUGGGGCGGCAAAGGUGUCACCAAGGCUGUUGCCAACGUGAACGACGUUAUCGCCCCCGCUCUCAUCAAAGAGAACCUCGAUGUUAAGGACCAGUCCGCCGUGGACGCCUUCAUCAACAAGCUCGAUGGAACCGAGAACAAGACCAAGCUUGGUGCCAACGCCAUCUUGGGCGUCAGCAUGGCUGUCGCAAAGGCCGCCGCUGCCGAGAAGGGUGUUCCCCUCUACGCCCACAUCAGCGAUCUCGCUGGCACAAAGAAGCCUUACGUGCUUCCCGUCCCCUUCCAGAACGUCCUCAACGGUGGAUCCCACGCCGGUGGUCGUCUCGCCUUCCAGGAGUUCAUGAUCGUUCCUUCGCACGCACCCACCUUCACUGAGGCCAUGAGGCAGGGCUCUGAGGUAUACCAGAAGCUCAAGUCUCUUGCCAAGAAGAGGUACGGACAGUCCGCCGGAAACGUCGGUGACGAGGGUGGUGUUGCUCCCGAUAUUCAGACCCCCGAGGAGGCUCUCGACCUCAUCACCUCUGCCAUUGAGGAGGCCGGCUACACUGGCCAGAUCGACAUUGCCAUGGACGUUGCCUCUUCCGAGUUCUACAAGACCGACGCAAAGAAGUACGAUCUCGACUUCAAGAACCCCGAGAGCGAUUCCAGCAAGUGGCUCACUUACGAGCAACUCGCCGACCUCUACAAGUCCUUGGCUUCCAAGUACCCCAUUGUCUCCAUCGAGGAUCCCUUCGCUGAGGAUGACUGGGAGGCCUGGAGCUACUUCUACAAGACCUCCGACUUCCAGAUCGUUGGUGAUGACUUGACUGUCACUAACCCCGCUUUCAUCAAGAAGGCCAUCGAGCUCAAGUCCUGCAAUGCUCUCCUCCUCAAGGUCAACCAGAUCGGUACCAUCACUGAGGCUAUCCAAGCUGCCAAGGACGCCUUCGGUGCCGGCUGGGGUGUCAUGGUCUCCCACCGUUCCGGUGAGACCGAGGAUGUUACCAUUGCCGACAUUGUUGUCGGUCUCCGUUCCGGACAGAUCAAGACUGGUGCUCCUGCCCGUUCCGAGCGCCUCGCCAAGCUCAACCAGAUCCUCCGCAUCGAGGAGGAGCUCGGCGACAACGCCAUCUACGCUGGAAAGAACUUCAGGACCGCUGUCAACCUAUAG